GCUUCGGACGGUGGAUUAGUUCAACAGUGGAUAGCAUCGAAGCGUGUAACGGAAAUAGUAGAGCUUUAUUUCUUUCGCAUCAAGCGGCUCUCAGCUGAAGGAAAUUGACAACUAUUGACUGUUUCAGUAGCAGUGGUGUAUGGUCAUCGGAAGGAUUGAGGACUGAGUCGCUGAUCGCUCAACCAGAAGUGGCGAAUUAAUUGAACAAGGACUAUAAAAUGCUAGAGGUUUUCCUGUGUAGCCGAGAAUUGUCGGAUAUUGUAGUAGCUGUCGUCCUCCCUCAAUGAAUAGUGGAUUAUUCAGUGAUAUCUAAUUUAUGUGAGGCAUUCUACGCGUCAUUUGUGGCUCGGAAGAGAAAAGUGACUCUGAUUAGGAGAAACAAGAGAAAGGUGCAAUAGACUGAGCGCAAGCAGUGUAGUGAAGUAUAUCUGAGGUGCACAAUAAAGUCUAAACACCUCGUUAAAAAAGGACCUAGAACUUUUUUAAAUUAUAAGUUGGUAGACGGAAACCGGCCUAAACAAAACCAGUGUUGGUGACUAUGAAAGAUUUGAAAGAUCUUUCCUCGCUUCAGUUAAAUACUCACAACGCAGUCAAAAGCAGUGGAAGCGGUAGUAGCAGCGCCAAACGCACCAAAUGGAACGUUCCCAUUACUGACUUCGCCCGGCUCACUCACAAUCCAAUCAGAGCCAUUGUCGAAGGUUUGAAGAUUGUGCCGAAUCCGGACAAGCAACUUAUUGCCCUCUCGAUUGGCGAUCCCACCACCUUCGGUAACCUCAAACCAGCGCCGGAGAUCAUCGACGCACUACGCAGCGUGGUAGAGGACGGUUCCCACAACGGUUACGGUCCCAGCACUGGAUUCCCGGAGGCUCGUCAAGCCGUCGCCAAUUACGUCUCGCAUCAGGGAAAUGUCACGGCCAACGAUGUCAUCCUGUGCAGUGGUGCCAGCUGUGCGCUGGACUUGUGUCUCUCCGUUCUAGCUGGACCGGGCCAAAACAUACUGAUCCCUAGGCCGGGUUUCUCUAUCUAUCGCACCCUGGCUGAGGGCUUCGGAGUCGAAUGCCGCUACUAUGACUUGAUGCCGGAUAGGAACUGGGAAGUGGACCUGGUGCAACUGGAAUCGCUGAUUGAUGCCAACACGGCCGCCUUGAUCGUGACAAACCCGAGUAACCCGUGCGGAAGCGUGUUUAGCAAGACCCAUCUGGAAGGCAUCUUGGACAUUGCCGAGAAACAUUAUUUGCCUAUCAUUGCCGACGAAAUUUACGAACAUUUCGUAUUCCCGGGCCAGGAGUUCUACGCUGUCAGUUCGUUAUCCAAGAAGGUACCGGUACUGUCAUGCGGUGGACUGACCAAACGUUUUCUGGUUCCCGGAUGGCGCAUGGGGUGGAUUGUGAUUCACGAUCGGGAUAACUUGUUCAAGGACGUUCGCAAGGGACUGGCUAAUCUGUCCGCGCGAAUCCUCGGGGCCAACACACUGGUCCAGGGUGCCUUACCGGAUAUCCUGAAGAACACUCCUCCAGCGUUCUACGAUGAUUUGGUUUCAACACUUUAUCGACAUGCCGAACUGGCAUACAAGUCGAUCAAACAAAUUCGCGGACUGCACCCCGUCAUGCCCGGUGGUGCCAUGUACAUGAUGAUUGGCAUAGACAUCAAACGGUUCCCCGAGUACGAGACAGAUCUAGAGUUCGUGCAGGCUCUUGUUGCCGAGCAAAGUGUGUUCUGCCUGCCGGGCCAGUGCUUCGAGUAUCCGAACUACAUCCGUAUCGUGCUCACCGUCCCGGAAGAGAUGAUCGUCGAAGCGUGUAAGCGCGUGGGAGAGUUCUGCCAGAAGCACUACAAGCUGGACGAUGCCAUUAUGGAACAACAACAGCAAGGUUUUCUUACCAAUCUGGAGGAAUAUUGACGGGCCGCAUAUUGAUCAUGAGUGCCAUAAUGUCUCGGAUGGUUUUUUACAACGAAUGAACAAAUUUUACCCAUAUUUCUAUAGUGCCUUUCAAGAUCAAUUUUAUUAACCUAUUACAAAUGAUUGUAAAACAUUUUAUUAACUCACAGCAUUUUAUAUUUUUUGUUCAAUAAAGGAUUUGCACCAUCUGGUGUUGUUUUUAUUCUUCA